AUGAGCGUGCCGGAGGUGGAGGCGCUCGUUUCCCAGAAGUACGAGAUCAAGAGGCGCCUGGGCAAGGGGGCUUAUGGCAUUGUAUGGAAAGCAAUCGAUCGCAGGACAGGAGAAAUAGUUGCUGUUAAAAAGAUUUUCGAUGCUUUCAGGAACAGAACAGAUGCUCAGAGAACAUUUCGAGAGAUUAUGUUCCUGCAGGAAUUUGGAGAACAUCCAAAUAUCAUCAAGCUGCUUGAUGUUAUCCGAGCUCAGAACAACAAGGACAUCUACCUCAUCUUUGAGUCCAUGGAGACAGAUUUGCAUGCUGUGAUUAAGAAGGGGAGUUUGCUGAAAGAUAUCCACAAGUGUUACAUUCUCUACCAACUCCUGAAGGCAACUAAAUUCAUCCACUCAGGAAAUGUUAUUCACAGAGAUCAGAAGCCUUCAAAUAUCUUGCUGGAUGCAGACUGCUUUGUUAAACUUUGUGAUUUUGGGCUGGCCCGUUCUUUAUGUCAGAUCAGUGAGGACCAAGGCAACCCUGCUCUAACGGAAUACGUGGCAACACGCUGGUACCGAGCCCCUGAGAUCUUACUUUCCUCUCGGAGUUACACUAAAGGUGUAGACAUGUGGAGCAUUGGCUGUAUUCUGGGAGAGAUGCUACUUGGGAAACCUCUUUUUCCUGGAACAUCAACAGUGAAUCAAAUAGAGCAGAUCUUGAGAGUCAUUCCUGCCCCAUCCCCAGAAGAUAUUUUGGCUAUGCAAUCAGAUUACAGGGCCUCAGUUAUUAACCGCUUGAGUUCCCGGCAGCGAGUAACAUUUGAGGAGAUUUUACCAUCCUCUACUCCACUGCCUGCCUUGGAUCUUCUGAAGAAACUUUUAGUAUUUAACCCUGAUAAACGACUCACAGCAGAGGAGGCGCUGCAGCAUCCUUAUGUGAAAAGGUUUCACUGUCCAGCCAGGGAGCCCUCUCUGGAUUAUGAUGUGAUUCUUCCUUUAGGUGAUGAUAUCCAGCUGUCUGUGGCAGAAUAUCGAAAUAAAUUGUAUGAGAUGAUCCUUGAAAAGAAAUUAAAUAGCCAUCCAAAAGAGCAAGUGCGGAGAGAAAAUAUUCAACUAAGUCAGUCUGAAUCAAGGCCACUUCUUCCGAAUUCCAAUUCUGUGAAUUUACCUACCAGGAAAGGCCAGAGAGAACCAACACCGCCUCUUCUAAGAACUUCGCAUGUGCAUACUGGAACUACAACUAGUGUCCAGCCAGAAGUAUCCACCCAGAGUGAAGAUUUAACAAGAACUUUAUGUCAGAGGUCAAAGAUCAAUGUGAUAUACAAUCCCAUAACACACACUGCUGUUCAAAGUAAUGCAAAUUCUGGUGCUGUGAUCAGGAACUGUUCUGCACCACUUUCUCAACAGGCCAGAAUCCCCAACAAUAGGAAACUGGGGAGACAAAUCACACGGGCAAAUGCAAAUGCUCAGCUACCUCCUACAAGUGUACAGAACCUUUAUAAUAAUCCAAGAAAUACUCACUUUCACAGCAAAGAUGUUCAUCCCCUUCCGAAGUCCAGUAAAAAGAUAUUCCAGAUUACUGCAAAUAUGGGAGCUGCUGGUGAUCCAAAAGCAUCAAUGGGCAGUUAUUCCCAGGCCUAUGGAACCAUAUGUAAAUCUGCACUGCAGAGUCUUCCAAUAUCAAAGUCCUCCCAACAACAUGAGCAGUGAACAUGGAAGUGUUCUAACCAGGUAACUAACUGUUCUCUGAAGACCAAGAAGACUAAACGCUUCACAGAUGAUCUUAAAGCCCUUCAUUUUGUUUUCCACUAAUUUCUGUGACUCUUCUGGGGUAAAUGAACAUAAUGAAUGGUGGCUUAAUUUCAUUAAAAUCAAGUAGAAAAGCAUU